CUUCACUUCCUGCUGGUGAGAGUAUUAAUCCCUGCUGCAGCUGUGCAUCCCUCUGACAUCAGACUCCAGUUUCUCCAGGAUCCAGUGUAUACUGAUCCAGUGUAUCCAGCAACUGAAGAUCAGUUGCUCUCCAGGAGUCUUCAAGGCACCAGGUUUGGAAGGGCUGGGGCAGCUGGCUUUGUAACCUGAGCAGCUCCCAGGUUCCAGCCAUUGACUGGGCUGUGUGGACCCACCCAGCACAUUCACGGGAUACCAGGAGAUGGAGAAAUCAGAGGGAAGAACAUCUGUUUCCCAGGCCACAGCAGAGAAUGGCAUGGAGAACCCAGGCCUGGAACUCAUGGAAAGCGGAAAUCUUGAGCAAGGCAAAAAACUAGAGGAAGUGACACAGGGACACAGCCUGGAGGAUGGCUUGGGGCAUUCCUCUUUCUGGAGCUACCUGGGCCUGGUGCAGUGGGUGAUUCAGAAGAUUGCCUGGUUCCUGCAAAUCACCAUGGGGACCACUGCUGCAGAGACCUUAGCAGUGGCAGGAAACAUCUUUGUCGGGAUGACAGAGGCACCUCUGCUCAUCCGUCCCUACCUUGCAGACAUGACCCUCUCUGAAAUCCAUGCGGUAAUGACUGGAGGCUUUGCUACCAUAGCAGGCACAGUGUUGGGAGCCUUCAUAUCGUUUGGGAUUGAUGCAUCAUCCUUGAUUUCUGCCUCAGUGAUGGCUGCCCCUUGUGCGCUUGCCUUGUCCAAACUGGUAUAUCCAGAAGUAGAAGAGUCCAAGUUCAAGAGCAAGGAGGGACUGAAGCUGCCUCGAGGGGAAGAGAGGAAUAUCCUGGAAGCUGCGAGCAACGGAGCCACAGAUGCCAUAGGCCUUGUUGCUAAUGUUGCAGCCAACCUGAUUGCCUUUCUGGCUGUAUUGGCCUUCGUCAAUGCUACCCUCUCCUGGCUGGGGGAAAUGGUGGAUAUUCAUGGACUCAGUUUCCAGGUCAUCUGCUCCUAUGUCCUAAGGCCCAUGGUUUUCAUGAUGGGUGUGCAGUGGGCAGACUGCCCACUGGUGGCUGAGAUAGUGGGAGUCAAAUUCUUCAUAAAUGAAUUUGUAGCCUACCAACAACUGUCUCAGUACAAGAACAAACGUCUCUCGGGAGUAGAAGAGUGGAUCAAUGGCGAGAAACAGUGGAUUUCUGUGAAAGCUGAAAUCAUUGCAACAUUUUCCCUCUGUGGAUUUGCCAAUCUUAGUUCCAUAGGAAUCACACUGGGAGGAUUGACAUCCAUGAUACCCCAGCGGAAGAGUGACUUGUGCAAGAUUGUGGUCAGGGCCCUCUUCACAGGUGCCUGUGUUUCCUUUAUCAGUGCCUGCAUGGCAGGAAUCCUCUUUGUUCCCAGAGGUGCUGAAACUGACUGUGUCUCAUUCCUAAACACAAAUUUUGCCAACAGAACCUAUGAGACAUAUGUGUGCUGCAGAGAGCUUUUCCAGAGUACUUGGCUGAACAGCACCAACAUGCCUUCUUUCUCAGGCCCCUGGCAAGACAACGAGUCCAGCCUCAGGAAUCUUGCCUCCUGCUGUGACCUCUAUAACAGCACUGUGUGUGCAUGAGGCUGAUGGGGCCUCUCCAUGACAGUUCUUAUAGAACAGAUUUGUAUUACCAAAUACAUUUUCAUGUACUUAAGCUUCCCAUUCUGCGAGAACCACACUAAACUCCACAAAGUGAAAGUUCUGAGCUCACUGUAGCUCUGCAUAAAAAUCAGCCCCUACCUUUCCACUGGCGUGCCACAUACCAGACAUGAAAUUCAUUAUAGACCCUCUUGAGCCAAAGUAUGGUGAGAAUGAACCUGAGGGGGAAAAUAUGUGUGUGCUAAGGGCUAAGAUCCAGAUUUAAUCCCUGGCCAGGCCCAGAGUGAGGUGAGUGGGGGAAUUCAAAGUAGAUGCUUAGUUUUAACUUGGGAAUGGUGGCACACCCCUGUGGUCUCUUACCUGUAGGCUCACAGCUAAGGGGAUUGCCUCAGAUUCAAGGCAAGCCUGGCCCAAACCUCAAAGUAUUUCAUAGAAGUGAUAGAGUAGAUGACAUGUCCUCCUGCAGGGGUGGAAGUGAGGGAAUAUAUUUUUAAAGUUUCAUGGGAAACACAUGUGAAUUUAAAGAUAACAUUUUUUUUUUGUAUUGCCAAAGAUUUAUAAAUUUAAAAACUCCUUUUAGUUUCAUACUUUUAAUAAAAAUGUU